CAUCUCCCACCAGUACUAGUGUCUAUCGUUCAAUCAACCAGUCCACUCGUUUGGUAUCCAAAAAAACCCGGCAUCCGUUAUCACUACACUUCAUUCCUUCGUCUAAUGUCACAACCUAUCAAUCGCGCCUCCACGUUCCAGCCAUUUCCCUGUUUCUACGUCUACCGACCCGGUUACAUGGUCGUUCCUCUGAUUCCCCUCGAUGAGCUGCCGGGAUGGAUCCAAGUCGGUGAUUUCAAUUGGGCCGAUAGCGCCCUGUACGAGCCUAUGCUCCCUGCCAGCUUCAAUUGCUUUCCGCGAGUAGGCGAAUACGACGUCAUCUGCCACCACUGCUAUGCCCACGUGGAUAGUUUCCACCGAAGCGUGUCGGAGCGAAGUAACAGUAACGCCUCUUCUCGUGCCUCGAACGUUCCCAAGAGUGCUGCAGCCGCAGGCCCCUCGAAGACAGCAGUGCUAGACCGCCCGUGCAUACUCAAACAUCCUCCGUUCGAGGCAAACUUUAAUACCAGUCCAUUCGUCGGAAUGUGCUUCCUCAAGUGUAAGACAUUCUGGUCAAACUGGUGCUCCAGGACGCAGGAUGAAGAGGCUCUCAACCCAAAUCCCCCGGACAAUCAUAGCAGUCAGCACAGCAGUCAUCACAGCAGUCAUCAUAGCAGUCCUCCUAGCAGUCAUCCUAGCAGUCAUCAUAGCAGCCAUCAUAACAGUCAUCAUAGCACUGAUUAUGGCAGCAGCAUUAACACCAACCAUGACAGCAACCAUAGCACUCAAGCUGACCAAGAACAAAUGGUCAGCGACUCGAGUCCCCAGGCAGAAGAAUCCCGACCUGAAGAGCCUGAGAGGAAUGCCGAGGCUGAGACUCCUACUCCUAUCGAGGAUGCCAUGCCGUUCCCUAUGAGCAUCAAUGAUAACGAUCAUAACGCCCUGGGAGGCGAUUCCACCGCGGACCCGCAUCCCGAGACAGGGGUCCAAUCCCGUGCGGUGAGCCCUCAAUCGCGAACACGGACGCAGCGCUCUGUAGCGUCCUCUUCUUAUCCUGGCGACGGUCCCGUAGCGUCGCAUAGAGCAUCAAGCUCCGAAUCAACGUUAGGCGAUAGGCCUAGGGGCAGGCCUGGAGCAAUGCGCACCAGCAGAAGACGUGUACGGUUCGAGUGGCCAGCGGGAGGCUUCCAGCCUAUUCGCAGAACAGGUCCAAAUUCAGGGGGUGACUGAGCGUUGAUGGGAAUUGGCAUAGAGGGCUCAUCCAUACCGCGUCAGGGUUAAAUAUUGCUGGAACCUGUACAGGCAUGGUAGAUCUCUGAGUAGUAUAGGGCUAGUGUUAUCAAGAUUGUCCGUUACCUUGAUAUCCCAUCCAUCCUCAGCGAGAUAGUAGUUAUACAAAGAACAGG